CGGCGACGGGGCGCUUUCCGCCCGAGCCUCGCUCCCAGGAACGAGGCUGCGCACGCCGCGGCAGGUGCGGGCGGGCAGGUGCGGCGCGGCGGGCCACUGCGCCCUGCAGAGACAGCCUGUGGGCACAGCCUUCUUCUCCCUGCUGCUUCUGCCGUGGGCACGAGUGGAUGGCCCAUUCACCAUGAACUGUGACCCCUGCCCCGGCAUUCCUAGGUGGUCCUGUGUUCCUCGCUGAGGAUCUGACAGCCUGGUUGCUUCCUCAUAUCUGAUGUGCUUAAUCCUCAUGGAGCUACAUCCGUAACCAUGGUGACGCGGGUCGAAGUUGGCUCUAUUGCAUCCCUGAGGGCGGGGCCUGGCCUCGGUGACAUCAGCAGGGAGAAAGCCCUGAAGAGAACAUACUUUGGCCAGACUGGGGAUGCCCCUGGGGCCCCCUCCACUAGAGUCCUGAGUACAGAAAGCCCCCUGCGGACCCACCUGUUCCCUCUGCCCCUUGCUCCCAAGCCUUUCCUUAAGGAGCAGGUCCUCGAGAAAAAGACUCCUGUCACAUCUUCGUGGGCCGGUGCCACCCAGUCCUGUCCUUCAGCUGAGAUCGACAUGAGAGAGGCUAAAGAAGACGUGGCUAAAAGGAUGCCGGGCUUAGCCGAACAGGAGGCAGGCAGAGGAGUGGCCCUGCCAAAUGGCCCAUCUGUAUCUAACAAGGCCACCUUCCUGAAGUCUGGCCCCAGCACCGUGGGCCUCUUUGAAACGAACAAACCCGGACCCAACCUGGGCAGAGGAACUAGUGAGGGGAGCCGGGAGGCCAGCUCCCGCACAGCCCAGGCAUCUCCCUUAAGUGCCAGGCCUGAGGUGGCCGCCAAGCCUGCCCUCCCAGCUCGAAAGCCCCCAGUGACUCUGCCCCGACCCACUUCCCUGUCAAAGGACGCUGGGUCUGACGUGUCCCAGAAGUUGGCAGGCCAAGCCCAACCUUUGCCAAAGGCCCACAGUGCGGAGGACCCUACUGGCCGGGCUCCAGAGGCCAAGUCCCAUCCGAAGAGACGUCCCAUGUCAGCAGUGUUCAGCGAGUACCAGCCGCCCCCAAAGCCAGGCCCAGGUGGAGUGGCAGUCACGGGCAAGGUCCCCCCUGUCCCUCCGGAGAAGACGUGGGUGAGGAAACCCAGGCCUCUGUCUGUGGACCUGACUGCUGUGUUUGAGAGCAGAGAGACACUGCUGAGGAAGGUGCCCGGUGUGCAGAAUCCAGUAGAGAGCCAGGGCCCAGAGAAGACCUGCGUGCAGCCCAAGGGCAACGCCGAGGGCCCUGUCUGCAUGGAGGUCACCCCUCAGGACCCCGACUCCGACUUCCAGGAGGUGGCCGAGAGGCUCCAUGUGCGGAGGGAGAGGACCAUUCUCAAACAGAUCGAUACGGACAGCCCUAGGGUUCCCCAGGAUGAGGAAAGGCCAGACCAGCAGUCAGAGAAGGAGCCAGGGUCCCCUUUGCCCAGGCCAGGAAGAGACCUGGGACUGGCUGAGGUCAAGGGUGGAGGGUCUGAGCAGGAGGCUCCUGCAGGGACAGAGAAGAAGUCUGCAGGGACCAUCAGGAAGCGUCUCAGCCUGUUUGAGGAAGAGACUGCUGUGGCCUUGGUGGUGGUGUCCGAGCCCUCUCCUGGUUCCCCUGCGUCCCCAUCCACAGUGCCAGAGUCGGAGAGAACUGGUGUGAAUGUUCAGGCUCGGAUCAAAGGCUGGACUGUGGAGAGCACAGGGGCGAAGCCGGAGGUCAGGAGAAGGAUAUCCCAGGCGCGGCCAUUGUCUGUGGAUUUGACCAAACCGUUCUCACGAUCACCUUCUGGCAGUGCUCUGCUGGGUGGCGAGCUCCCUGGGGAGAGGAGAGAAAAGCAUACGGAAGGACAUGGUUUGGAUGGAACCCCCACCACAAAAAGUUCCUGGAAGUCUGGGGUUCCCCAGAAGACUAGGCAGACGGAACCCAAAGAUGCCUCUGGCCAGGACCCUGACAAGUGUCAGCGUAAAUACUCACCAGGAGACCCAGGCCCUUCUGAAGUCAGUCCAGAAGAUGAUGGAAGCUUCCAGAAGGUGUGGGCCACGAUGUUUGAGCAUCAUGUGGAGAGACACACAGUGGUUGACCAGGCAGGCCAUUGUCUCUCACCUACAUCCCCUCAUGAUGUGACUGACAUCCCAGAUCCCAAACCCAGGCCUGAGAAAGGCUAUUGGCUAGGGAGGGACCCUCCCGGAGUAAUAAGCAAGAGAGACAGCUCUAGGUGGUCCAGCCAUGCUGACCCAGGGAUGCUGGGACGAGCUGUCCUUGUGGAUAUAGAGCCAAUACAGUAUCCCACAUCUGUCCCUGAGACACAGGCCAUGGGAGAAGGGCACAGCAGUCACACUGUCCUGACACAUCAAGAAAGUUCCCCUGUGUCCCAGAGGAUCCAGCCCAAGUAUGACAUUGUGCAUGCCACAGGGGAGCGAGCGCACAGUGAAGCAGUCUCCAGGGUGCCCGAGGAGAAGGCGGUGACGCUACGCAGUGGCAGACGCCGGCUCUCACUGCAGGGUCGGCAGCUGUCCCAGGAGGUCAGCCCUGCUCACCUGGAAUGUGCUCUGCAGGCUCAUGGAGGUGCUGUCCAGAGGGCGAGUUCAUUAUGGGCAGCUCGGGGUCAGCAGGUCAGUGGAUCAAAGCUUGACUGUCAACAGUCACAGGAUGGAUUUGGGGGCAGUUUCCCGCCCUCCAAAUGGACAGGAGGAGUCGUGACAAGCUGGCGCAGCGCCUCUGUGGUCGGCAGAGAUCUCAAUGGACCCAAAAUAGGUCCAUCCUGGGAUCGCUCUUCAAAUCCUCCAUCCAGGGCCACUGCUGAACCCUGUGACUCCCUAGUACAGGAAAGGCUGAACUCAUUGUCUCUGCAGAAAGGUCCCCUUGAAGUAGCCAGUGACGAUAACCCAAGGCUGGCCCAGGCAGUCCAGCCUGAAGUCAGAAUGCGGAGAUCCAACCCUUCAGAGCCAAGGAUGGACAGGUGGAGGCGGCGGACUCUGCCACACGAUGUGAAGUUUGAUGCGUUCAGCCUCCUCACACCAGAGAACACUUCCAAAGGGCAACAGACACCUGCAGAUGAUGUGAUCUCCUCAACCUGUGCCUUAAAGAGACCUCCAUUGUCCCACCACCAGGCACAAACUCGGGAACUGACGCCAGGAGCCUCACAAAGUCGGACUUGCCCCAUGGAGAAGCCGGGGCCAUCUGCUGAACCCAGUGCAACUUUCUUUGCCGUGACUUACCAGAUUCCCGAUAUUCAAAAGGCCAAGAGUGUUGUUAAACCAGGGCCUGAAAAUGUGUCGGAACCUCCUAGAAGAACGACUCCCCCUCUGUCACCUCGCUCUUUUACGUCUACUUUGGCUUCUCCUAGCCACGAAGAGCCACGGGCUCCUGCCAGCAGUAAGGGCUGGGCCAAGGGCAGAGAACAUGAAGAAGGAAAGGGCCUUCCAAAACACCUGAAGGCCACAGAGCAGCCACCAUCUGCUGGGGACAGGAUUCUGGAUCCUUCUAGGGACAGAAUUAUUGAUGUGGAUGCUCUGGGGAUUCAUCGAGGGUCAGAGGAUGAAACUGCGAAGGACAACAGGACCAGGGCAUCUUCAGGCGUGGGUGCCCCACAGACCUCCCCGGUCCUAAGGCGCCCCAAAAGUCUCCUGGUCAGAAGGAGGACAGAGGUGAUCAGCGAGACAUUCCCAGGGAAGGUGAGAGAUGGCUACAGGUCUGGCGUCCUCGACAUUGAUGCUCUGAUGGCCGAGUAUAAAGAGCAAUCAAGCAGAAACCUCAGCAAGGCUCAGGAGCAGAGGGGAAGUCCUCCAGCCGAGCCCAGUGGCUCCCCUCAGGAGAGAUCAGGUUGGCCCAAGGAGGUGGAAUGGAGACGGAGGAGCCUGAAUGAAGCUCCCUGGUCAGACAGUGUUGGAAAAAAAGCAGGGACCUCUGUGAAAGCUCCCCAGUCUCCUGGCCCGAUCAAGCAACCAGCAGAGCCCCUAGGGGCAGCCAUGACCACCAAGUCUGGCCUGCCACUGUGGGCACCACCACACUCAGCUUCUGGGGAAAACUGUCCCUCACUCUCCCCUGUUCCCGCUGGUUCCAGGAAAAAAUCCCCAGGCAUUGCUGAGUUGGAAAGCAAGCCCUCCCCCAGGGAGCACCUGGAGGCAAAGAACAGGCAAGGCCCAGCCAAGUCCCAGGAACCAGACAGUGAGGACAGAAUCUCCCCCAGGACACCUCCCUCUGACCAGAAGAAAGGGACACCAAAGAAGUCCACUAGUCAGGGAGUGGAGGGUGAUGGAGUGCAGUGGGGAACCCCCCCACGUGACUAUAUGUCACCAGUGUCACCACUGGACAUCAAGAGGGCCUGCUCAGAGAAGGGCCCACCAGCCAGGGUCCGGGAGGGUCUGUCGGUCAUGCAGGACGCCAGGCAGCGGAGAGGGAAGCCGAGUCUCCCUGCUGAGACACCCAAGGCCACAACGGGACCCUGCCAGAAGGAGGCAAGGAAGCCAGAUGGUCCUAAGGUGCCUCCGCAGAACCUGGAGCAGGACGGCCAGCAGCCUGUCCGGCAGGUGUGCCCCAUUGCCUCUGUCCCCAGGCGAAGUCACAGCUUUUGCAAGGACAAGAAGAGUGGACCCUUUGUGGGAGAGCUGAAUGGGCAGAAAGGCCUUGUGCCCUCCAACUUCUUGGAAGAAGUGCCUGACGAUGUGGAGGUCCACCUUUCUGAUGCUCCAUCCCACUACUCCCAGGACCCACCCAUGCGCUCCAAGGCCAAAAGGCACUCGGUGCUGUCACGGAAAUUUGUGGACGUCAUGACAGAAUACAACGAAGCGCAAAUCCUGUUUCGGGAGCGAAGCAAAGGCCGCGUCCAGCGCCAGCUAGAGAUCACUGGGAGGACCACCACAGACAAUGAGCUGGAGGAGAUGCUGGAGAGCGGGAAGCCGUCCAUCUUCAUCUCGGAUAUUAUAUCGGAUUCACAAAUUACUAGGCAAGCUCUCAACGAGAUCGAGUCACGUCACAAAGACAUCAUGAAGCUGGAGAGCAGCAUCCGAGAGCUACACGAGAUGUUCAUGAAUAUGGCCAUGUUUGUGGAGACCCAGGGUGAAAUGGUCAACAACAUCGAGAGAAAUGUGAUGAAUGCUGCCGACUACGUCGAACACGCCAAGGAAGAAACCAAGAAAGCCAUCAAAUAUCAGAGCAAAGCCAGGCGGUGCAAAGCCAAAAUGAAGACGCCAAGACAGAAGCGAGGGAAGAAGGACUUAUCAGCUGCAGCAGGAAGGAGAAGCGAGGCAUCGUCUCUACAGCCGGGCUCUCUCAAACCAAAGAACAGAAUCUUGUGGUGGUCCCAGCCCCCACCUGUCAGGGUGGGGGCCAUGGAGGAGGAGAAAACGGAAAACCUGUGGCAUAAGAGCUGGCCGGGUUUUUCGGCCCCACAGAUUUAUUCUGAGGAGACGGACAGUACGUCAUCAUAUGAAACUGUCCUUGACAGUGAGUUAGAGGAGGACUACUUCUCCUGCGUAGAGGAUUUAGACAUGGAGGAUGACAGCGGAGAGGCUGAGAUCCAGGAGAAGGGCAGCAUCACCAUCCAGUCAGGCCUCCAUCUGCUCUGUGCCCUGCACCAGAGGGAAGACCCUGAAGAAAAUAUGGGCCCUAGCCCAAGCCAAAGCGAAGUAAUUGAAGACACCAUUGGUGCUCCCCUCAGCCAGGGAUUAGUCCCUGAGGUCAGCAUGGGCACUGGUCCCAGCAGGGAUACUGACUCCAAGACAGGCCAUGGCCCAAGCCAGGCCAUAGACAUUUAUGAAACCGGUUAUUGUGCUCCCGAGAGCCAGAAUACAGUGACCAAUGUCAGCACGGGCACUGGCCCCAGCAGGGAGAGUGAGGGCACCAUAGGCCAUGGCCCAAGCCAGGCCAUAGACAUUUAUGAAACCGGUUAUUGUGCUCCCGAGAGCCAGAAUACAGUGCCCAAUGUCAGCACGGGCACUGGCCCCAGCAGGGAGAGUGAGGGCACCGUAGGUGAAAAUCCAAGCCAGGCCAUAGACAUUUAUGAAACCGGUUAUUGUGCUCCCGAGAGCCAGAAUACAGUGACCAAUGUCAGCACGGGCACUGGCCCCAGCAGGGAGAGUGAGGGCACCGGAGAGUGA